UGUGUAGAUUGGUGGAUUGCUCCAUGUCAGCUGAGUUGAUGUAAUCACCUGCACUGACCGAGGAAGCCCAGAUGGGAAGUAGGAAGUGCAGUGUGCAGGCUUCCUGUACUCUUCUGUACUCUGCCAUCCUCGGCUCUCUACAGACACGCCGUGACGUGCUCUCCACAUAAUGGCACCUCGCUGUGUAUAGAGGGAGGAGAUUAUCAUCGCUACACACGGGAGAGGAAAGGAGAGGAAAGGAGAGGAGAGGAGAGCUCCCGGGAAGGUGGAGACCGGGGACUACACAUGUCUGUCUACCAGCUAGGAGCUCCAUAGAAACACACCGCACGGAGCGCUCUUCCAAGUUCUGACAGGUAGAAAUGUUGAGCAACUAAAGCAAGUAUGGCUUCUGCUGCUAAGAUCCUUCAUCACACCAUGAUGACUGGCAAUACAAGCCAUGGAGAAUUGGCACUGGAACCCCUAAUUAUGUGCAAGCUGUGUCUCUGUGAACACCCUCUUAAUAUGAUGACCACCCUUCGGGACUGCAGCUGCAUUUUCUGUACUGUGUGCCUCAGACAAUAUGCCCAUUUGUCUGUUCGUGAAGGAUUUGGUUCUCCGAUCACCUGUCCAGACAUGGUGUGCCCAAAAAGGGGUCUCCUCCAGGAAGCAGAGAUUGCUUGUUUAGUAACCAUUGAUCAGCUACAUUUGUAUCAGCGGCUAAAGCUUGAAAGAGAAGUUCAUCUUGACCCCUGCAGAACAUGGUGCCCAACAGCAGAUUGCCAAACAGUUUGCCAGAUCGAAGCUAGCGAUUCUGAUAUGCCUGUGUCUGUGGAAUGCCAAGUUUGCCUUAUGAAAUUUUGUUCUGUAUGCAAAAAGUCUUGGCACCCUGAACACAUAUGCCAGGAAAACCAGUCUGAAGCCGUUCAUCCUAAGAAAGGGUCUGACUGUACAGAUGUAGAUGCUUGUAUCAAGCAAUGUCCUGUGUGUCAUAUUUACAUUGAGAGGAAUGAAGGCUGUGCACAAAUGAUGUGCAAAAACUGCAAACACACAUUCUGCUGGUACUGCUUACAAAAUCUUGAUAAUGACAUAUUUUUGCGGCAUUAUGACAAAGGCCCCUGCAGGAACAAACUGGGACAUUCAAGAGCCUCAGUCAUAUGGAACAGGACACAGGUUGUGGGGAUCCUAGUUGGCCUUGGUAUCAUUGCUAUUGUGACAUCACCCUUACUACUUUUGGCAUCACCAUGCAUUAUUUGCUGUGUCUGUAAAUCCUGCAAAGGAAAGAAGAAAAAGCACAGCCCAGCACCAAGCGCUUAGACAUUUAUAUAAGCCUUUAAUCUGGAAACCCAAAGGACAGAUGUAGUUAGCGGAAUCUCAGCAUUUCUCGUUAAAGUGGACCUUCUCUCCUAAUUCGUGUAACAGCAAUGCAAUCUUUAGGUGACAACCAAUAAACAUAGUCAUAAUUA